UCGUGUGGGGUUAGGUGCGGGGUCAGGGAUCGUGCCCGUACAACCCUUGUGCCCCCUGCCUUGUGUGCUUGCAGCGCUGCCGCGCCCACAUGGAUCAGAGCCUGAAAGACCUGGUGGGCCGCCUGCCCUCAGGCCCGCGCGGCAUAACCACCGCCCUCAAGCUACUCCUGGGCGCCGGCGCCGUCGCCUACGGGGUGCGCGAGUCUGUCUUCACCGUGGAGGGCGGGCAGCGCGCCAUCUUCUUCAACCGCAUCGGCGGUGUGCAGCCCGACACCGUCCUGGCCGAGGGGCUGCACUUCAGAAUUCCGUGGUUUCAGUAUCCAAUAAUUUAUGAUAUCCGGGCUCGACCCCGAAAAAUCUCCUCUCCAACAGGUUCCAAAGAUCUGCAAAUGGUGAACAUUUCUUUGCGUGUCCUUUCACGGCCCAAUGCCACAGAGCUGCCCAGCAUGUAUCAGCGCUUAGGCCUGGAUUACGAGGAACGGGUCCUACCUUCCAUUGUCAACGAGGUGCUCAAAAGCGUGGUGGCCAAGUUCAAUGCUUCUCAGCUCAUCACUCAGAGAGCACAGGUGUCUCUGCUCAUCCGCCGGGAGCUGACAGAGCGAGCCAAGGAUUUCAGCCUCAUUCUGGAUGAUGUGGCUAUCACGGAGCUGAGUUUUAGCCGAGAGUACACAGCAGCUGUGGAGGCCAAGCAAGUUGCCCAACAAGAGGCACAGCGAGCCCAGUUCCUGGUGGAGAAAGCCAAGCAGGAACAGAAGCAGAAGAUUGUCCAGGCAGAGGGAGAAGCCACUGCUGCAAAGAUGCUUGGUGAAGCGCUGAGCAAGAACCCAGGCUACAUCAAGUUGCGUAAGAUCCGCGCUGCACAGAAUAUCUCCAAGACGCUUGCUGCAUCACAGAAUCGUGUGUAUCUCACAGCUGAUAACUUAGUGCUGAACCUACAAGAUGUGGACUUCACCAGGUAAGGGUGGCUUGAAGAGGAUCCUGGAUAGCCACCACAGAUGGCUUCUCCUGCCCCUUUUCUUCAAAAGGCCUCUUGGGAGCUUUCAUUCUCUCUUUGCUCAUGUAGGGGUCAAUCACCAGGGAUGACCCUUAGAAUCCUGUCCCCCAUAGACCAGGCUGAACCCAGGGUGGCUGGGUUGGGUGGGGUCUCAGGGUUCAGGUCACGCUCAGUCUAAUUAUUUUUCUUUUCCCAUCUCUCCCUUUGCUGCUGCUGCUGCUCCUGAUCUGCAGAGGAAGGUAGGGUACAGAGAACUUUGUUUGUACGUGGUUUCUUGCAUGUGGGGUUAUGCUGGCUGGUGGGCAUUGCAGGGCAUCAGGGAGUGCUAGACUGCAAGGAUGAGCUGAUUUGAGGUUUAAGGUUUGGUGAUCUGAGACUUGAGCAGCAUAGGUUUAAUUCCCUGCUUAUCAGCAGACUGUGUGAGACCUUGGGCAAGUUGCUUAGCCCUUCUGCUUCUGUUCUGCGUGUAAAAUUCCAGUGAUAGGACACGGCAGCCUCUCAGGGAUGCUAUAGGGAUACAUGCAAGUUGGUUAGUGUGCUAGAAAGGUGGGGCAGUACAAAUGACAGGAAGUGGCAGGCUUUGUGAGGAGUACAGAGCAGUAAAUGUGCAUCCUCAGUCUUACAGGUGGUGCAGUGUAGGUUGGGAUGAGGGUGUCAGGUGAUGGAUAGAGAUGAUAUUGGGAACAUGGGUGGGAGGGGAUGGAGUGGAGGUGCUUUCUCCUUACAGGAUUCCUUUCUCUCCUCUUCGCUACCAGCAUUAUGACUACGUCACAGGCCAAGUGGGCUGAAUGCCACUGACCCUAAGUGCAGGGAAGGGAUCUUAUUGUGUUGUCCUCCCCCAGGGCAGCUGUCCCCAAGCUUGCUGGGCAGGACCAGCCCAGCUGCAGUUGGCCGUCAGUGCCCAGUUGAAGCGGUAGAGCUGGGAGCCAAGACUCCCAGGUUAACAUUUAAUUUAGACCCUGGUGAGAUUUGUGGCCUCUCAAGUGUUUGUCCCUGCUUUGCCUUUUAUGGGUUGAAUUUCUGCCUGUCCCGGGGGGUUCACAGGCGUUUGCAGGAAGUGAUUAGCCAGGACUGAAGGAUGGUUUCUAGAAUAUUCAUUAGUGUGUGUUAUUAGGGUCUGGAUCCAGUCUGAAAUGCCACUCCGAUGCAUGUGUCCCCUAGCCUGAACUGUCUUGUUUCUGUUUCCUCUCCAUCAGCGACAGCCUCGUAGGCAAACAGGUGAAGAAGUGAAGCUGCUAGAACCAUCCAGAAGCAUUUACGCUGACUGGCAGAGCGAGGCCUGCAAGCAGUCAUGAUGAUCUUCCCCACUCCCUACCCCAACAGUCCCCCUCGCUGGGUCCUUCACUGGUGCCCUAUAAUUUGAUUGCCCUCUCGUAUUGAAUUCUCAGUUCAGUAGCCAAGUCAGGGGAUUCCCAGUUCCCCACUCCCUCUGUAUUAACCAACUCUACCAUUAAGCCAGCCUAGUGAUAAACUUAAUCCGCAUCUUACUUGGUUACUGAAGAAGAUUCAUGUGGUGGUGAUGAGACCAGUGGAGCUGAUAUAAGCCCUGGCAGACUUGCCAUCUUUGUCAGCGUGUGGAUUUUUAUAGGUCUAAAAUCAAAACUGUUCCUGCAACACCCACAUAUGUCUUUAUAUCAUAGCACCAGUGCCUGAUUCUCUUUCCAGUGAGUCUCUGGUCACUUCUUUUCUCCAACUGAGGGGGAAAAUGAGCUGCCCAACUCACGAAUGGAUGGCUUGGGGGCUUCUGUCAUGGCUGGAAUCUCCAUCUGUGCGACUUCAUCCACUCAGUUUAUUAAAAAAAAAACAACAACAAAACAAUAAAAUUGUGAAUCUA